AUGGGAGAAGAGUGUGUAGAUAUGAAGAUGGAAGGUGUGGAGGAGAAGUGUAAACGAUCAGAACGAGGUCACUUCGUUCUAAUACAUGGAAUAGGGGGAGGAGGGUGGUGCUGGUACAAAAUUAGGUGUCUUAUAGAGAGUUGUGGCUAUAAAGUCACCUCUCUUGACCUUAAAGGUGCUGGCAUCGACCCAUCUGACCCUAACACUAUCCUAUCCUUCCAUGACUAUAACAAACCUCUACUAGAUUUUUUGUCAUCUUUGCCUCGUAAUGAACAAGUAAUAUUGGUAGGACAUAGCGCUGGAGGAAUGAGUGUAACAGAUGCUAUCCACAAAUUCCCAAAGAAAAUAAAGGUUGCAGUGUAUAUUGCAGCAACCAUGCUAAGAACUGGUUUCAUGUCUCAACAAGAUGUUAAAGAUGGAGUCCCCGAUUUAUCAGAAUUUGGAGAUGUAUAUGACAUGGGAUUUGGAUUAGGACCCGAAAAGCCUCCAACAAGUGUUGUUGUUAAGAAAAGUUUCCAACGGGAAAUCAUUUACCAAAUGAGUCCACUUGAGGAUUCAACGUUAGCAUCAAUGUUGUUGCGUCCAGGGCCAAUUCAAGCAUUACAAAGCGCUCGAUUCAAAGAAGGAGAGGGAACGGAGAGAGUGCAUAGAAUAUACAUACGAACGACGCAUGAUCGAGUAUUGAAGGUGGAACAGCAAGAUGCAAUGAUAAGAAGAUGGAAGCCACAACAUGUUUACACUUUGGAAAGUGAUCACAGCCCCUUCUUUUCUGCUCCUUUGGCGCUCUUCGGUCUGCUUGUCAAAGUUGCUGCUUCUUUUGACUAA